CUGUUGCUCGCGCGACCUACUUCACCGGAAGUGGGACAUCUCCGGAAGGACGUCCCCCUCAUCCCAGCCUCAGACACGCACAUCAGAGGCUUGGUGGUGAUGGAUGAAUGUUACUGUAGAGGUGAAGGGCAGGGAAGAGCGUGUGUAAUAACGGUGAGGGUGGCCUGGGUGCGCGCGCAGGUGUGGGCCAGUCCGGGCGCAGGAGAGGCAACCCCGUCACCACGCAGGAAGGUGCUGUGAUAGGCCCCCUGCUGGACCUGCCCACUCUCUCUCUUGUCCCGUCUGGCUCUUCACCCCGUCUGUGCCCAGCUUCAUCCCUCACCACUGAUACCCUGUCGGAGUAUGGAAGGGUUAUCAUGAGUGGAGGAGGGGACGGGUUGGAGUCGGCGUCCCUGGUGCGUCACGGCAGUGGUGGCGGGCGGAGCUACAUGUCUGAAAGUGGCAUGCUGAGGGAGGGUGACGGAGGUCACAGUGGUGGUGGAACUGGAGGAGGAGGAGGUGGAGGAGGAAGAGGUAAAGGUAAUGCUACAGAGGGCAGUUUAGAAGGAGCAGAUGAACUGGACUUUGUCGAGAGUGAUGCGCCACUUCUUUCCCAGUUCCACGAGGAUGCCAUUCAGCAGGCUGGAACAGGGCCAUUCCAGCGCCUUCUCUUGCUGGUCGCAGGUCUGAGUCUUGCUGCCGACACCAUUGAGUUGCUUGUAGUGGCCUACGUUAUCCCUUCAGCAGAGGUUGAGCUCUGCAUGUCUGGCACCCAAAAAGGCUGGCUCGCGGCAAUUACAUUCAUUGGAAUGAUGAUUGGUGCAAUGAUAUGGGGAAGUUUAAGUGACAACGUGGGUCGUCGUCGAGCUCUACUCUCUGCUCUCUUCGUCAAUGCUCUAUUUGGGAUAAUGACAGCCUUUAUGCCCACCUAUGGCAUCUUUAUGACUACGAGACUUUGCUCUGGGAUUGGGAUUGGUGGUGGGAUCCCCAUUGUGUUUGCUUACUACUGUGAGUUUGUUACUCAGGCAGAACGAGGACGUCAUUUGUCUUGGUUGUUGGUGUUCUGGGCAAUUGGUGGAGUGUUCACUGCACUGAUGGCCUGGAUAAUUAUACCAAGAACAGGUAUUACAGUUGUUUUGGAUGAAGAGCAUCACUUCAGCUCCUGGCGUGUGUUUCUUGUCGUAUGUUCCUUGCCAUCAUUUGGGGCAGUAGUUGGUCUGUAUUUCAUGCCAGAGUCCCCUCGGUUCUUGCUGGAGAAAGGACGGGAAGUAGAGGCUAUGAUGGUUUACAAGAAAAUCUUCAAAUGGAACAAUGCUCAUAAUCCUGGAGCAGAGUACCAACUGACAGAGCUGGAGUUGCCAUCUGGUACUAAUCGCCCUCCUCGACACACUCCACCCCAGGGAGUUGGGAAGAACUUUGUGUCUGAUAUUUCCUAUGGUCUAGAGCAGUUUUGGGGCCUCUUCUUCCAGCUGUUCCUACCACCUUACUUGACGACCACUCUCUUGCUACUGAUUGUGUGGUUAACAUGUUCAUUUGGGUUCUAUGGUCUGUCAGUUUGGUUCCCAGAAUACAUCAAGUUGCUGAAGAGUGAGGAAUACAACAGCCAUGCCAAUGUUACCUCAGAUGAGGUGUAUGAGCAUCGUUCAUUCAACAGCACUACUCUGGACAAUAUCCAAUUUGUGCAGACAAUCUUCAACAACGUUACUUUUAGUAAAACCCUCAUCAAUCACGUUCUUUUUCUCAACUGUUCAAUAACUGACUGCCUCUUCUCUGAUGUCAGAAGCAGCAAGACAUUUUUUAAGUAUUCCCACAUAGCUCGCAACACUUUCAUCGAUACCGACAUAUAUGACUAUCGUUUCCAGGACUGUGAAAUGAUAAACAACAAAUUCCAUGCACUUGCACCUGGCUGUACUUUAGAUUUUGAUUAUAACAUCCAUUAUAAGGCAGUGUUUCAAGAGAAUUUGAUAGGGCAACUGACAAUGAUCCCUGGCACAUUGAUCACAUCCCUCCUCAUGGAUAAGCUUGGCAGAGUCAGGAUUAUGAGUGUGUCCAUGGCAUUGUCAUCAAUAUCAGCAUUCUUCAUAUGGUUUCUUGACAGUAAAAUUGGUGUAAUUGUGUUUGAAGCUGUAUUUAAUUUUAUUUUUAUAUCUGGUUGGAAUGCCCUUGAUAUUGCGUCAACUGAAGCUUUUCCCACUCAUAUCAGGACUACAGCAUAUGGUUUCCUUAGCGCUGCAUCACGAAUUGCUGGAGUUUUGGGGUCACUGUGUUUUGGUCAGUUUAUUUACUCUAGUCGGGCAAUUCCUAUGCUCGCUACUUCCGCAGUCCUAAUGAUUGGGGCUAUUGUCUCCCUUAAACUCCAAGAGACCAAAGAUAAUCUUUUAUAAAUAAUUUUUUAUUAUGAUUAACUUCUUGCAAGGAAUACUUACUUGGCAGGUUAUAUAAGAAAUUCCCCUAAUGUUUGUAUAAUAAUAUCUGAAUUGUACAACUAAUUUUUUGGUGAAGUUUGUCACAUUUAGUUCAUAAAGAUAUGGAUUUUAACAUUACAAAGUCAGGAAUUGUGCAUGGAACUUAAUGGACACAAAUAUAAAAACCUGCAGAUGAGCACCCCACAAUUAUUUGUUUUUAACUCCCAAAAAUUAAAUAAAUAAACUUAUUAAUUAAUACAGUGUAACCUCACUUGAACAGAUAAAUUGGAAAUGAACCUGUUCUAGCCCUCUAAGAAUUACAUUUCAUCAUUCAUUGAGCUAUUGUUUUAUUAAUGUGCUUUCUAGGGAGGGAGCCACUUGAUGGGUCCCUGGAGCCCCUUGGUGGGUUCCUAGAGCCUCUUGGUGGGUCUCUAUACUGUGUGUCUGGACAGCCCUACACACUCACUUUGUCACAAAAGGCUCUUGAGAGUCAUAAAUACCUAUUGGAGUCCAGAGACAAAAUCUGGUCCAUUCAAUAGAGGCACAGGGAGCAGGAGAUACUAGAUCACUCUAACCAAGAAGAAAACCCCCAUAAAAGUAGAGCAGACAUACAACUGCCAUAAAAAUAAAACCGAAACUGAAGCUAAAGACACAAUAGUUAAGUUGUUAGGCCACUAGUUACACACUCCCACAACCAUAUGGGUGCCAACAAGAGCUCAGGGAUCAAUUGGAAACACUGAAUAGUUAAGUGUCUGGUGCAACUUGACAUUCUGUUUAUUUCACCUUCCUUUGGGUCUAGGUUGUUCUAGAUAAGUGUUGGCUAUCCUUUGGACUCUGUCCUGCAAGGCCUGGCCUGUGCUUAUGUUUGUUCCAAAUUUUGGUGUCUGCUUCACAUGCAUGUUUUUAUCAAAGCCUCUGUUGAGGGGACCUUUUGAGUCGCUUUUUUUGCUUCAAGCUACUGAGUGUGUUUUAAGAGUAACCAUCCACAGGUGCUUGUGGGCACUGUCUCUUUCUGGCCAGUGUUACUUUCCAGGGAGAUUCAGGUGUCUGUUGCUCCAGAGCUGCUUCCUCUCAGUGGGUUUUCUUCUGAGUAGUGCAAUAGCUUUUGACUCCUGUACAAUGCUCUGAGGUUUGGGCAGAUGGGGUUUUACUAUAUGUGGGAGUGAGUGGUGGUGACUGUACUAGAAUUAUCUAUGUGCCACUUAAACAAUACCCAGUUGUCUGUGUUUCCCUAAGUUGUGUUCGGUGUUUGUUCACAUAGGCAAGCAUCCGAUGUACCUGGUGUUCUUGGUUUGGUUUUAUUUCUUCUGGAUCCUGAUAAAGCCCCCAUCCUAUACCCAGAUCUUGGGUGUGGUUUGACCAUGGAUCUUCUCCCAAGUCUGCUCUCAUUGUUUGUUGUUUUUUUCAGGAUGCUUGCGGUCAGGGCCAGAUAAAGCUAGUGCGAGUUCCAAUGCACAUGUUAUAAAGGGGCCCUAAAUUUAAAAAGUACAUAAAUAUUAAAACAUAAAUUAUUGAUUUGCAUAGUAAAGUAAUUUAAUUUUUUCACUCGCUGUACAGCAUCUAAUGACAAAUAUGCAAGUAAUAGUAUGGGAAUGCCUACUAUGGAUGCCUACUACUCUACUAGUAUUAGUUGCAUGUAGGUAUAAAUUUCAACUGCCAAGAGUUAUCCUAGAAAUAGACAAGAAUAAGAUUUCAACUGUCUCUUUUUCAACUGCUCUCUCAUCACCACCAGGUGGUGAGAGACUGUAACUUGUGGUUCUAAUGACCUAACUUUCUGUCCUCUAGUUGUCAGUUUUGUUUCUAUAUUCCUUGCAAUUGUAUGUUUUGGUACGCUCAGUCUUUCUGGUAGUUUUUUACUCUUGGUUAGGGUUAUCUAGUAUCCUAAGUUGUGCCUCUAUUGAAUGAAUAAAAUUUUGUCUCUGGUAGGCAUUUAUGACUCACAAGGGCUUGGUGUGAUGUAUUGUGUGUAGGGCUAUCCAGGUAGCUAAUAGCCCCAGGGAGACACCGAGUGGCCCCACCAGAAAUAGGCGUUUCAUUACAUUCAAUGCUUGAUUUUUUCUGUUGCCCAAAUGAUUAAAACAUCUUUCUGCGUAUAUCAGAAAUAAAAUACUGAACAUACAAGGAAGUUUAAAUAUACUGAAUGGUAAAAUACGGUAGUGGAAGAAAAUAGACAAAUGUUAGAACAAAUUAGAAAAUCUGUAUUUUCAAGACUAGCCCACUAAGUAGUUCACCUUAACUAUAGUCUGUAUUCCCUCACCUACCUCCAGGUGAUGGCCCAACAAGAGCCUUGGUCAACAAGCGAGGCUCUGAACAGAGAAUGACAUUUCAUAUGUGCAUGAGUACUUGUGUUGUUGCACUUGCUCAUUUGGGAGAUGGAGAACAGUGCCUUUUACCAGGUUUGCUAGAGCAAAACAUUAAAUGAUCUUUAAUUUAUUCCAGGACUACUUUCACCCUUCCUUGUAGCUAGAUGGGGGUUAGUGAUUGUACUAGAUAUACAUUUUUCUUGUGAUUGGUUUGUAUACUGGUGUCAUUCAUACUGAAAGCACUGUAUUUGUUUCUUGAGUGUCAGGGAAUUUUUUUUACCUCAAAAAACCUGCUGGUUGGGUUAUGAUGGUUCCCCUGGCCAGUUUAAGAAUCUGAACCUGCAUUUUGCAGCUUUCCUGUAUGUAUCAGAAUUCGGGAUGGAAUAUAUGAGGGUUGGUCUCUAUUUGUUUGUUUUGAGCAGUAGUACACAAUAUUUGCUACUAUACAGUACUAAUGGCAAAAGAAUACUGUAGUUCAAAAUUUCAAGAAAAAAAUAUAGGUAUGAUAUUUCUGAGUCAAGCUGCUUCAACAUGAAAACUUGGCGAGAUGGCCACCAUGUUCCGGUUAACUGAGGGUUUGGCCAUUAGCAAAUUCUUUCCAGCUAUCCGAAGGUACUGGUUCACCACGAUCCAUUUGAGCAAGGUUACACUGUAUCAUUCAUUUAUGCUUGAAAGCUAUCUGGCUACUAACCAGGUAAAUAUAAAACAAUCAUAACAUUUGCCUAAAAAAUAUUUUAAUAUGUAAUUAAUCUGUUAUCUGCGAGUUUGCAAGUCAGGUAGCCGCCAUGGCCCAGAAACAUGAAUAAUGGGCCAGAUUAAUGACAAAAUAUUAACAUUAAAAAAAUAUUAUUCCCAAAAUGUCCAAAUUUCCAUAUUUUUAAUCUGAAAUUUCUUCAUGAUGCAUGAAGUAGAUAAUCUGCUUAAAAAAUUAGAAAACAUCACAAAAGAAAAUGUAAAAUGUUGGAAUUUUUUUGGGGGGGGGACAUUUCAUCAGCAGAAAAUUAACUGAUUUGUUGGAGCCCAAAAAUGUAUCCAUGCUUCAACAUUUCUGUUGGCCAGGAAAAUAGAUCAAAGAUAUUAUUAUUAUUAUUAUUAUUAUUAUUAUUAUAAUCAGAAGUUAAUCCAUAAUUACCUCACUUUUAGACUGUUUUCAAACUUUAAUAUAUGUAUAAGAAUAAGAAGUCAGGCAGUAUUGCAUGCCUGAUAAGAUGGGUUGUGAGCAAAAUUUAUUUUAUAUAAAAUACAAAGGAUUUCACUCUCAUAAAGAAUUAUUACUUCUGUACCCUCUUGGUGUAGCCAGAUUUUGCUCAGUUUUUGUUUUUCUCAACAAAUUUUUGCUAUAUUUUGUCAUAGUUUUUUUUUUUUUUAGCCCAAAUGAUAAAACAGAUUUGAAUAUUCCGUAAUUGGAAAAAUAACUUACAUACAGUAGUAAAUUUUUAUGUAAAAAUAUAGCAUCAUAUAUUUUCUAAGUUCAGAUGCUUCUAUAGCCAGCAGCUAUAUAAUCCACCAUGAAUCAUAUCACCCACCAGGCUCUCACUACCUUUCUUUCCAUCAUGACAAGGAUCUUUGUAAGUGUUCACAGUACAUAUGUAGGAAAGGGAGACAGUGGUAAGCCUAAUUUAAACCACUAUCGAGAAUAUCAACAGCUUACUAUGAUAUUCAAGAUUGAAGCACAACUUUCCACUAUGAAAGUAAAAAUUAGAAGUACAGUACCCACACCACCAUUAUAACGGGGGGGAACAGGAGUCGGCUAUCCUCACUUUUAGUCCAGUCAACCACCCAUCACCUUCAUAGUGCUUUGAAGUGGUGGUUUAAAUUAUUUCUUUUGUUUUGAUUAUCUAAUGUAGUGGUAGGUGGUGUUCUAUGCUUUUAGUGUUCACUUUAGAGUGUGGUGUAUCAGUAUUUUGUCACUGGCUAUUGCUAUUCACUGCAGCUGUGUUUUUGGAUUAUCUUUCCCUGAUACUAUUUGAUGAAGGUCAAUAGCCCCAAUAAUAUCUUUUCUACAGUUGUUUGGCUCUUGUUUUCAGUAUGGUUUAGCUCCUGAUGAUUUCUACAACUGCCUUAGUUGUGCCUUGGGACUUUGUUACAAGCCUGUGCCUUGGUUCUGACCUUCCUUUAAAUUGCUAAUAAAAUUUAAGGAUAACCCACACUUAAGGUUCAUUUAAUAUUUACCCUCUGUAUGUUUGCUUGGCAGCUCUUCCUUUUAGUUUCACUGAAUAGUAUUGCAUUGUUCUGGUUUUUCUUUUUGUUUAACCAUGGCCUGGCCUUAUUUCAUCUUUGGGUUAUGGUGUGUGGUUAAUGCACUGCAAGUUAACAACUUUUUAUAACUGGGCUUCCUCUUUGGUCUUUGUCCUGAAGUUACAGAUCUCUGGUUCUCAUGUUAAGUGUUCUGUGGAAUUUGACUAGUUGAGUCAUUAUUAUGUUACCUCAUUCUAAAUUUGAUUCUAUUUUUUUGUGGGGAGUCCCAUUGGCUCCCUGAAGCUUGUUUACUGAUUAAGUGUCACCCUACUUGGAGUCAUGAAUUGCAGAGUUCUUAUAUGCCUACUGGGGACCAUGAGCCAGAACCUGGCCCCCCCCUCAGAGAGGUGCAGAGAGCAACGGCCUAUGAACACUUUACAUGUAAAGUUUGUCGUAUUACCAUCAACCAGGGAAGCACCCAGUAAGAAAGGCGAAUCAAAAGAGACUACUGCCUGGUUGCAAAAUGGAACCUGGUUGCAAAAAUGGGACCUGGUUGCAAAAUGUGAUUCAGCCUGGAUCCUAAUGAUUUCCUGUCUGCAAGGGUAGCGGUGGGAAAUUGCAGGGGUGAAUAAUGCUGUAGAGUAGGCAGCAAUGGAUUUUUGACUUGCAGUUGGAGUAAUGAUGGUCCUGGGCACACAAGCUGCACUUCUGGACACUUGUUGGUGGAGUGGGAGGAAUCGUAGCACCGAAAGCAUUGUUGGAGCUCGUGGAAUCAUUCCUUCUUCACUUGGAAGGGGGAAAUCUUAAUGCAAAGCAGUGGAGACCAUGUGUGGCAGCCUGGUCAGCCACAGCUAAGGUGGUAAAGGAUAUUUUCAUGGUGGGGAACUUGUCGUUGUCAGUAUUAGUUCUGCAAAAUAUAACAUCGAAUACCCCCAGGUUCGGGUUUUCUUCCUCAAUGUUGGUAAGAUAUCCAUUUGUUCUUGGUCUGCGAUCCACCAGCUGGUCCCACUGAUAAAGACUGUUUGGUCAGUGGUGUACUGACGUGGGAAGAGAGGACAGAGAUGGUGCAGUUGGCAAAGUGUGCAAUCGAAUUUUGGGAGUUUUUGAGAUCCUCCACACACGAGAAAUAGAGCAUAGUAUUCUCCCGUUCUUGACUAAGAUCAAUGGAUUUAAUUCUAGAGCUUUUUUUAGGAUCUUCAAGGCGUCACUUUUGGGGAAAGCAUUUCUGUCCAUGAGAGCAAGUCCUGACUUUUAGGCUUUUGUAGCGCACUGUCGUUGUUAAAGCCCCCUCAAUAGGUCACAGUGGUGGUGGAUGUCUUGUGAAGUUACUCAGGCUUGCUUGAGAUCCAGUUUCAAGCAAGUGUGGUCCAGUGUGGACUGGGUGUGGUACUAUCCAUCUAGAUUGAUUGAUUGAUGAAGAUUAAGCUACCCAAGAGGUGGCACGGGCAUGAAUAGCCCAUAAUGUCUGUCUAGAGACUUGAUCUCUUCUUAUACUAGUGGAGAGUAUGGUGUGUGGCACUGUUUGGCUGUCUUUUUAAGUUCUGCAGUGCAUGUGGGGUGAGGUGGGGUUAGUUUUCAGCCUUUGUCACAUUGGUCAGGGGCAUUGUUCUCUGCCAGAGCAUUACACUUGCAUAAAUUUCUUGGAGAUACAGAAUAUUUGGAUGGUACUUCUGUGCAUCUCUCUCUCCCACAUUGUGGAAGAGAGAGAUGUGCAGACAUACAUCUCCUUUUAAAGUUAAGAACUACUAAAAAGUUUCUUUUUAAGACUGCUCAUAACCCAGUCGACAGAGCUACGGCCUUUCACGCAUGGGGUCAAUGGUUAUUUAUUUAUUUAUUUAUUUAUUUAUUUAUUUAUUGGUUCUAGGCCCAUACAGCCUAGGUGAAUGGAAUGUUUAUUUCCACGGAAGUGUGGAUGGCAUUUUAUGAGUGUAGUAUAUUUUGGUAAUUUUCCAUGUAAUGUACUGUACUGUACCUAUCUCAAUGUGAUCUGGUCAAGCAAAUGUGUGUUUUGUUUACCUGAAAUGCUAUCUGUUGCAUUUGUGCUUAUUAUGUAAACUGAAUCCUUCCAGUACAUAUGAUUCUGUAGUGGAUUGGACUCUUGAGUGAGAUUUCACUGCUAAACGGGAUGAAUCCAUGUGUAUAUUGUGACAUAUUUUCAUACAAUAUGGAAACAUCCAUCACAUUAAAACUUAACUAACAUUUAUUCAUCAUGGGGAAUUGAGGUUUUCAAACUAAUUGUAUAUGUUGAUCUGUGAGCUGUUCAUGCUAAUUGUAUGUGCUGAACUAGCUAGACCACACAUGUAUUCACAUAAAAAAUUCAAAUCUUAUUCUAAUAAGAUUUAAUAACAUUUAUGCUCACAAUUUUAUUAUUGUACUUUUAUCAGUGUUAAGGAUGAAACCAUGUGUGAAAGCUGCUGAACUGAAUAUCCAGUUGUAGAUGGCUGAGUAAAUGCUGAAGAGUUCAUAUUUUAAAAGAUAAAAGAGUAAUUUUUUUUUUUAUUAUUAUUUCAAGUUCACUUGUUCAAACAUUUAUAUUGUUGUGAAGUUUCAUGUGCCUGACAUUGUGACAGUAUACUCUACAAUGUAGCUAGCAGUUACAUUAAGGCCCAGUUUUUGGAAAUAGAUAUAGUUCUUCACAAUCAGUACUGAUAAAAGAUACUACAGUACAACUUUUUAUUAAUAUAAAACAUUAAGAUAGAAACCCGACUAGCCAUAUCCAGUUACUUUUAAUAGGUAAUUAUUUAAAACAAUGAAUGUGUGUUAAAGUAUUAAAGUCAGCUUUCAGUUAAUGUAUAUAUGUACACUUAUAUGUACUUGAAACAUAUAAAAUAUAUCACAAACUUUAUUCAUGUUGUAAUAAUAAUAACAAAUUAAUUUGAUACAACAUUUGGAAAAUUUGGGCUGUGUUGAAUUAAUACCCUAAUAAUGUGAUGUUUACUAUGGCAAAAUUAGCUUUUAUAUCACUGUCAACAGACUAAUGCAUUUGUUUAUGACCAAAGUUAUUUCUUGGUUAAUGACUGAAUUUGUAUAUGAACUUUGCUGUGUUAGGUUUAGUCUGUGGUUUGAAAAAUAUGUGGUAAUGUUUGUUCAGUUUGAGAUAUAUACAAGAGUUGUUACAUUCUUGUACAGCCACUAGUACGCGUAGCGUUUCGGGCAAGUCCUUAAUCCUAUGGUCCCU